UUCCUAUAUAUUAAUAAGAAGAUCUGUUUUGAAAAUGUUAGUGGUUUCCCAGAUCUUGAUUCAGGAUACACUACAAGAAAGAAUUCACAAGAUAAACUUUGUUAGAGUAAAAAAACCCAUAUUUCCACUUCACACAAUUGUCUUAUUUUUGAGAAUAAUGAAUUUUAUUAUGGCUAGUUGAUGCUGCAGUUGCUGAAAGACUAUGGUUUUGCUGGUUGAUUGUGGCUUCAUUUCAAGAUAUUUCCUUAGCUGCUUUCUUAUUUUCAAUGCAUUUUGAAUGGAAAGAGCAUAGCUGCAGCUUCCCCCGGUAAAUGUGUUGAGUUUGAGAUAGCAAAAGCAAAUAGCUCUGAAAUUGAACUUGUAAGAAAUGGAUUUGAUCUGUUUGUGAAACAGAAGACCUUUUGGUAUUAAAAAUUGUUGCUGAAUAGGUUGGACAAAUGGCGUUUUUCAGAAACCUCCACCAAAAUCUGAGCCUUCCCUCUGUGUCUUCUCUGGUGGACACACUUAGCAGUGCUGUAGAUGAUCUGACCAGUGUUGUUGGAGAAGUUGGCUACUGUGUAGCCGAUUCGGUAACAGAACAAGUAACAAGCAUGAUAAAUGGCCUUCGUGCAGAAGAUGAAAGCUCCAAAACACAGAAUGAUAAACCCGCGCAAAGGAGAGAGGAACAGGCACCAUCAUUAACUCAUUCUCAGGAAAUCAAUAUGAAAGCAAAGAGAGGUAUUGCAGAACAUAAAGAGGCUCGUUCUAAUUUGUUAGAUUUUGAACAAGAAGAUAAAAGUCAAGAUGGAGUAUCUGACCAUAUCGUGGACAGAAAACAGUGCCAGUUGAAAGGCACAGGUGUUAAUAAUCAUUUACAUGAUACAGAAGUACCUCAGGAUCUGAAGACUGUAGGAGGACCUUCUAAAAGGGAAGCAGUAGGUGGAAAUGAGUGUUUUGUAAAUGAUAAAUUCCAGAAGGAUAGUAACCCGAAAAAUAAUAAAUUUACAGUGGAGCAAUCUUUUGAGGAACAAGACAAUUGCCUACAUGCAGUAUCAGAUAAUUCGAAGAGUCACUUGCAUAGAAAAAUCAGACCACAGUCACCUGGAGUUGAUUGUAAGGAUUCUGAUGAAGUGCACAGUACAAAUGAUGUUCAAGAUUUAGAAAUAAAACUUGUUGAAGUACAAAAGCAAAAAUUAUCAGACUCCAUCCUGAAGAAGAUGCACAAUGACCGUUCCAUUUGCAUUAAUGAAAUCAAAGAAAAGAAAUCUGAAACGUUUUUUGACAGAAAAGGAAAAUCUGUAUCAAAGGAUGAAGACAAUGUGUCAACUACAAUUGCAAAAUCAGGUAAAAAGAAAAGCUCAAAGAAAUCAGAGAGAGCGCUAUGUAAUAAGAAGACAGCAGGAAAAGACAACUCUUAUAUGAGUAAAGACCAGCAUGGUUCAUCAUCUGAGAGUGAAGAUGAAGCACUGGGUAAAUAUCAUGAGGCCUUGUCUAGAACCCAGAGUUCCAGGCUGCCAGUGGUGGAUGGCAGACAGCAAAAAAACUAUAUAUGGGAAACCAGACAAAAAUAUAGUCCCCUGUCUGCAGAAUAUGAUGGAUACAGUAGUGAAGCCUCAAUAGAUGAAGCGAACUGCAUUCAGAGGAUGAGAAGAACACCUCCGCUAGAUGAACUGCAGCCACCUCCAUACCAGGAUGACAGUGGUUCUCCUCACCUUUCAUGUACACCUUCUGAAGUUGGAGACAGUAAAUGUGAAUUUUCCCAGUGUAGCAACAGUCCGAGAUGUUCAUAUAAGUGCCCAAGUGAGGGAAGCACGGGACACGAAAUAGAAAGCUUUCAUAACAAAGGAUAUGAAGAGGAUGUACCAAGUGAUAGCACAGCGGUCCUUAGUCCAGAGGAUAUGUCAGCUCGAGGAUCAUCUUCACAGCUUCCUAAACCUUUUGAUCCUGAGCCAGUAGCUAAAUAUGGCACGCUGGAUGUGACUUUUGACUAUGACUCACAGGAACAGAAGCUUUUGGUGACAGUGACAGCUGUCACAGACAUUCCCACAUACAGCAGGACAGGUGGGAGCUCGUGGCAAGUACACCUAGUUCUUCUGCCUAUAAAGAAGCAGAGAGCAAAAACCAGCAUCCAGCGGGGACCGUGCCCUGUCUUCACAGAGACAUUCAAAUUUAAUCACGUUGAGUCUGAGAUGAUUGGGAAUUAUGCAGUUCGCUUUAGACUGUACAGCGUACGUCGCAUGAAAAAAGAGAGGGUUGUGGGAGAAAAGAUUUUUUACUUAACAAAAUUGAAUCUUCAAGGGAAGAUGUCAGUGCCAGUGAUACUGGAACCUUCUUACAGCCUGUCUGGUUGUGACUCUCAAGUGAGCAUGUCAGAAGUGUCCUGCAGUGAAAGUACCUCCUCUUGUCAGUCUCUGGUACAUGGCUCAGCUCCAGAAAUCCUCAUUGGCCUCCUUUAUAACGCUACAACUGGAAGAUUAUCAGCAGAAGUGAUAAAAGGCAGCCACUUCAAAAACUUGGCAGCGAACAGACCACCCAACGGACUGUUCUGUUGUCUAAAACACUUGAUAGGUGGACAGGUUUAUAUAAUCCGAGAUACGUAUGUUAAGUUAACACUGCUGAACUCGAUGGGGCAAGAGAUGUCCAAAUGCAAAACUUCAAUCCGCCGAGGACAGCCAAAUCCAGUAUACAAAGAAACCUUCGUUUUCCAAGUGGCACUCUUUCAGCUGUCAGAUGUGACGCUUAUACUGUCUGUAUAUAAUAAGCGCAGCAUGAAACGAAAAGAGAUGAUAGGGUGGAUUUCCUUAGGUCUCAACAGCUCAGGAGAAGAUGAGCUCAAUCACUGGACUGAAAUGAAGGAGUCUAAAGGACAGCAAGUAUGUAGAUGGCAUACUUUACUGGAAUCGUAAUGGAUGGUACAGUGUACAGUCAUGGUUUUAAGGGAGUUUGGUCUCUCAAGAAGAUGAUCGAUCAUCCCCGGUCACGAUCAACAAAUUUGUUGUGAAAGUAAAAAAUGAAAAUUGAGGUCAGCAUUCCAUCGUAAAGAACGCACAAUGUGCAAAAUGGCGGGAUUUAGUAUAUAAUCUUCACUUAGUGUCAGACACUUCCUCGGUGUCAGAGAAGCCUUGCUGUACCCAGAUACGUUAGCAGUCCCUCCCCCAUCCACCUGAUGCUGUAUUUGUUUGGGUUUGUUUUGUGGUUUUCAAUUCAGAAACAUUUUAUGUAAGGUUCUCCAAAUUAUUGUGAGCUCCUCCUUGUGUACUUUUUGUAUUGCUCUAAUACUGUAGCUUCUGACCUGCCUGCGUUCAGAUUAAAGGUCAAUAACUUGCACUGAGAAAAAGUUAAUGAUCUGUAGAGCAGAAGAAAAAAAAGACCCUGCUGGUGGAGAACACUUAGUAAUAUAGCAAAUAUGAAUAUACUGUUGUUACACACUGAGUUUCUUUCCAGGAGCUUAGUACAAGUAAGUUUUCAUUUUUUGAUAUGCAGUUGGUUUGAAAAAUACUAGCAUUUGGGCAUCAGGUGAACUUUGACAUCAAACUAAUGUUUCUUCAAUCUGUGACAGGAACGAGCUCUAUAUAUGGCAUAAAUUGGGUUUUUCCCUCUUGCCUGUACUUCUGCCUAAUCCAAAGAGACCAGAUCAUUAGUUUGGUCCCUUCCAAGUCUCCUUAGACAGGUUGUACUGUAAAACUAUGUAACUUUCUGUUGAAAGCACUUCCUGUAUUCAUGUAUUCCAAUGUAGGAAGCUCAUAGAGCAUGACUUUACUGAAAUAUAUUUUCAUUAAACAAAUUGAUACAGAUUUCUUUAAAAUGUCAGCAGUAGGAAGUUAGGUUGAAAUACUGUGAAGGAGGUGGCAGGAGUUGAACUACUCUGAAUGGAUGUGAAAUACUAUGGCUUCGGUUGAAAUAGAUAUCAGUUCGAGUCUGUUCUGAGCUGGUUUAGGUAUUACCAUAUGCUGUUUGCUGGAAGUAGAGAGCAGGGCAGGAGUUUUUACCUUUCUUCUUGGAGAAGAGAACACCAGUGAGUUAUUUUUCUAGUGAUUUGCCAGCAACUGAAUGAAUGUUCACACCCAGAAUAGAAGUUUGCUUUGCUUACGUUCAAGUUGGGAAGCACAGCUUUCUAAUGACACAACUGAGAAGCCUCAGUAUCACAAGAAAGUUUGCCAUCAGAUAAACCCUCAUGGCUUCCACCAAAAUCAGGGAAAUGUCAGUGCUUCUGAGAAUCCUAUCUGUCCCAAAUACUUUAGCUGGAAUCACACCGAUUUACUGACUGCUGAAUCUGACUCAUUACUGAAAUUGUGGAGUAUUGAGUAAACGUUUUUUAAAAGCUUCCCACUUUAAAUAUUCUUUUUGCCUGUAAUUAUAAGUUUAAUUUACUUUUAAUUGUUAUUGUAUAGAAAACAAGCGAUCUUUUAUAAACAAUGGUGAUGACUUACUAAUGUGGGAGCUCACUGUGGUAGCAUUUGGUGGGUAGAAGAGUGAAGUUUUGGGUUUUAUUGAGAGAAUUAGUGGUAGCCUAGAGCGUUAUUAUUAGGACAAAUGUUUUUCUCUUGAAUUUCUUUAAAAUACCUUUGAACAGUCCUGGCUUUAGGGUAUACAGAGAGUCAAGUACAGUGAGAUUGGGGACAGUGAGUGUGCUAUAAUAAAGAUAUUUCCCAUGGUUCUCAAAUUCUCACGCUACUUAACAAUUUCAUUAUGUCCUUUUUAAAGGACAUUGUAAUUCCACUUCUUGGUUUAUUUGGUGCCUUUUGAGGGGUUUAUUUGCAGAGCCAGGCUUUCAGGUUUUAUUGAUCUAAAAAUUUAGAACAUUACAGGCCUUUUCUUUUUUCUGGUAUUGUGCUGCUGCUUCAUUUACAGAAGCUUUAUUUACUAAACACAAAUAAUGCAAAAACUUUCUUUAAACAGGAAUGGUCUUGGAGUAAUACAACACAAGUUGUUUCUUUCAGUCGUUUUUGUUGCUCAGUUUGUGAAAUGUAACGUUGAGUGUAGAAUUUAAUAAAACAUCAACAUUAAUUUUAUAUGCAUAAGGAAAAUGCUCAGAUUUUCCCAAGCUUUCCACAUAAUAGAAAAACUGACUUGAAAGCUGUUCAAAAGCAAUUUUUUUCAGUGGAUGUGGAAAUGUUUUUACUCAUUCUGUUUGUGGAUAUUCAGAUGCUCUUUCCUAAAGCUGGAAGUUGUCUCUUGAUGGUUGUCCCUUUGUACAGGCUGUGCUUUAUAAACUACCGUACAAUUCAACAGCAAGAACUGAGAAAAUCAGUUCCAGUGGAGAAUAUACUUAACAUCACCACUGAACAAAUGAAGAAGUCAGUUUGGAAGGUGCAGCAAAUAACCUCUCACAGAACCAAACUACAUUAAACUGUGUCAUGACUUGGAUUUGUGUUUGUAGGUUGCAUUGCUUCAGUUUUACGUCUAAACCAUUCAGAUUUCUAAGACACUGAAAUCUUCCUUUAGACACAGCAGACUUAUAGUAGUCUGUGUUGGGCACAAUUGCAAAGAAGAUUCUCUUUCUAGAUCAUGUGAUUUCUCCCAAGGUAUCCGCGUCCAGUCUGUGCUUCACAGAAGGAGGUUCGGCAUACUUGGAUUUAUACUGUACAAAGACUGGGAACUAUGUAUAUUGAGUGGAAAUGUUAAUUUUGAGGCAGUAGAAUAUGUAUUUACCAUGCAAAACCAGUCACACCAUUAAUUAGAUUCGCCCUGGGAUUUUUAUGAAUUAGUUAUAGUGUCAAUAGUUGUCACGUUGUUUUUUUCUUCCUAGAUCCCACUCUUAUGAUUUGAUUUGUUUGUAAUUUUGUUUUCUUAUUGCUUUAUGCAAACCUAUUCUUUUGUAUUUGAAAUCUGCCUUUAGAUAUUGGGGGUUUUUUUUAAAUGCUGCAUAAGGGCUUAGACAUACAGUGUGGCUUUCUGCAUUCAGUUAGGUCUAUAAGCAUGGAACAGAAUUUCUGAAGGACAGAGUAUCAGAAACUAGAGGCAUUUGUGUUUUCCUCAGAGUUGUGCUUUUUGUUGUUUACCUUUGUUCAAAAGUAUAGGAAGUACUUGGAAGAGUUUAUCAAAUUACUUACUUUUCUGUGUGCCAAUAUACCAUGUAAAGAUUACAAUUCCUGAAUUGAAUCUGUUUCUGUCAGUGUAGCCUUAAAUAAUUAUAGAACAAUGACAUUCUUACAGAUUCUAUUCUUGAAAAUACUGUAUCCUUUCUGCAUAUGAUUUAUUUGGUAUCGUGUUUAGAACAUUUCACUUAGGUCUUCUUAAAGCAUUAUAAAUAUGAAAAAGUUUGUUAGCUCCUUUCUGUGGGAAGGGCAGUACAGGCAAGCAUGAAACCACUGCGCAGAAGGAUGAGAGAUCGUACAGCGUCUGCAGGACAUUGCCGUCCCCCACAUACGUGGAGGCAAGGAGGCAGCAGGGCCAUGCCUCUGUUCCCCGUCCAGCUGAGUGGCACAGGGAAGGAGGACAGUUCUGGUAAGAUUCCAAGCUUAGUCCCCAUGGUGCUGCCUCGUGCUCAGGACUUAAGACGUCCACGUUGUAACCACGCUGCAAGGUCUGACUUCAAAGGCAGAAGUUAGGCAAGGUGUAAGCUCAGUUACUGGGAAAUACAACAUAAUUUCUAAAUCCAAUUAAAAUCCUCUAACCUCAAUAAUUAGGUUUUGAAAUAUGGUGAGCCCUUGGAAUGAAUGUAUGUGCUGUCACUGGAGCUGAACAUUAUUCGUCAACGAAGAGAAUACUUGAGCUGAAAACCGUUUUUGUGGCAUUUAUCGUAGGAGAUACUUUCACCUGUAAAUUUUUGCAACCAUUCCUGAUGGCAGGUGCAGUGCCAGCAUCAGUACCUUCCCAUUUUUCGCACCUUUGAAGCUGGUUUUUUCGUUGUCUAAAAUGUGUGUUUGUGUUACUGAUUUAUUCUCUUUCCUCCCUAAUGACUUGCUUCUGCAAACUCCCCACUGCCCUGAGAAGCUGUCUGUGGCAGUCACUGGACUUUAGAAGUCAAGGGCACUCUGCACCUCUUACAGUAAGGUACCGGUGCAAUAUUUCUGUGCCUUGUCCAACUCCCUAAGAUUUCUGAAAUGCAAACUAUCAGUUGUAAUGCAGUGAAGCAGAAGGAGGAAACUUUUUUUCUUUGACGGAGACAUUUUGAUGUAGGAAUUGAAUACAGACUGCUCUUAACGUGUACAAGUUCUAACAAAAAGUCUGUGAUAAAAUCAGAGAAUUAGAUUUGAGGGGAAGCCUUUUGGCCUGAGCUCUUCCAAUUUAAAACUACCAGCAGAAUGCCCUUUCAUUUAGCCAAGAGUUGUAUUGAGCCUUGACUUAUUCAUCACGCUUUUCUGGAGGGGGGAAAAAAAAAAAAGCUGUCCUGCUUUAAAGCAG